GAGAGGACGGGGGAUGAAAAGGGCCUCUCACAUCAGCCCGUCAGCAUCCGCCGAGGAGCAUGGCAUCAGGAGAGGUGACUGGCAGUCCUGGCAGCCGGCACCGCGCACCUCAGGGCAACCGAUCCCCAGCACUGCACCCCGCUCACCGCUCAGACUGAAUGGGAAGAGCGCCUCAGCCAUCAUUACCUCGGAACAAUUGGAGGAACCUGAGACAGACCUGGCCACCAUGGCUGUGGCCACCAUGCUCUGAUCUCAUCACACCAUGGGGAGCUGCUGACGAGCCAGGCUCUAGUGUAUCUUCUUCCAUGUGCCAAAUGCGCAGCUGCAGUAGCCCAACACUCUGACCAGUCUGUAGUCAACCCCUGGAGACAUGGAUGGAGAUGCUGAGGUGGACAGACUGGAGCCCAGCGAGGAUGAUGAGAAGAGCAAAGAGCAUAUGGAGCCUGACAGGGGCACCCUGGGCAUGGUGGAGCAGAUGAACCUCUCCUCUCCAUCCCAUACACCUUCAGAGGAGGAAACGACCCCAGAGCUGGUGCUCAAGCAACAUGGGGUCAAGAGGCACCAUCACAAACAUAACCUGAAGCACAGGUACGAGCUACGGGAGACCCUGGGCAAAGGCACCUAUGGCAAAGUCAAGAGGGCCAUAGAGAGGUUUUCUGGCAGAGUGGUUGCCAUAAAAUCUAUCCGUAAGGACAAAAUAAGAGAUGAGCAAGAUAUGGUACACAUCAGACGAGAGAUUGAAAUAAUGUCAUCACUCAGCCAUCCGCAUAUCAUAAGUAUAUAUGAAGUGUUUGAGAAUAAAGAUAAGAUAGUGAUCAUCAUGGAAUAUGCAAGCAAAGGCGAACUGUAUGAUUACAUCAGCGAGAGGAGAAGACUGAGCGAAAGGGAAACGAGGCAUUUCUUUCGUCAGAUCGUUUCUGCUGUGCACUACUGUCAUAAGAAUGGUGUUGUACACAGGGAUCUCAAGCUGGAGAACAUCCUUCUGGAUGAAAAUGGUAACAUAAAGAUUGCAGAUUUUGGUCUGUCAAAUCUCUACCAAAAAGACAAGUUUUUGCAGACAUUUUGUGGUAGUCCUCUUUAUGCAUCCCCAGAAAUUGUAAAUGGAAAGCCCUAUCGAGGUCCCGAGGUUGAUAGUUGGGCACUUGGAGUACUUCUCUAUACUCUGGUUUAUGGCACCAUGCCAUUUGAUGGUUUUGACCACAAAAACCUAAUUCGACAAAUAAGCAGUGGCGAAUAUAGAGAGCCAACCCAACCCUCAGAUGCCCGUGGACUAAUCAGGUGGAUGUUAAUGGUUAAUCCCGAGCGUCGAGCAACCAUCGAGGAUAUUGCAAACCACUGGUGGGUUAACUGGAGCUACAAGACUAGUGUGUGUGACUGUGAUGUCUUAAAGGAUUCAGAAUCUCCAUUGCUUGCCAGGUUCAUUGACUGGCAUCAUCGCUCCACCAGCCGGCAGAUGGAAUCUGAAAACAAAAUCAAGUGCCUUUCAAAGCCAUCUGAAGCAUCUGUUGAUCGACAGAGGUCUUUGAAGAAAUCCAAAAAGGACAAUGACAUUGCACAGGCUUUACAAGAAGAAACAAGCAUAUCAAAGAGGCCUAAGAGUAUCUUGAAAAAGAGGAGUAACAGUGAGCACCGUUGCCACAGUGCUAACUAUAUAGAAGGGGUCAUCAGCCCAGUAUUGUCUCCUACGUGUAAACCUGACACUGAGAAAGUGCUCACUAAUACAUGUUCUACCAGUACAAGGGAGCUUGAGAAACCAAUAUUAUAUAGCUCAAAGCAGUGUACGCCAAUGCCAAAGAAAGGCAUUUUAAAGAAGACUCAGCAGAGGGAGUCUGGCUACUAUUCAUCACCAGAAAGAAGUGAAUCUUCAGAGCUAUUGGACAAUGAUGGAACAGAGAGCAACGAGAUGCCUCAACUUAUUAAUGAAACAAAACGAACAGUUUCUCACAGCCUAUCAUACAGGCGGAAAGGAAUCUUAAAGUACAGCAGUAAAUAUUCCAAUAGUAACACAGACUCCUCAGUGGCUGGUUCUGCCACAACAUCACUGGAAUCAAUGGAGCAAGAUCUUGUGCCCGUGGAAGGUCUAUCUCGAAGCUACAGUCGUCCAUCUAGCAUCAUUAGCGAUGACAGCGUUUUGUCCAAUGACUCUUUUGAAUUGCUUGAAUUAUCAGCUGGGAGACCAAACAGACAAAGAAUACGUAGUUGUGUUUCAGCUGAAAAUAUACUUUUUAUUAAGGAUUUUGAAGGACUUCCUAAAAGUCCUCGGCCGCAGAACCUGAAACGUUAUCGCAAUCGCUUUGCUGACAACAGUUUUUCUUUACUUACAGAUAUGGAUGACGUCACUCAGGUUUACAAAAAAGCUUUAGAGAUCUGCAACAAGCUCAAGUAGUUACUGAGCAUUGAAACUUUUAUGGCAAGAUGGUUGUUUUGCUGACAGUGAUAGUUUAGAAAGUCGGAUCCUAUAGGAACACACCAAGACAAUACCCUGAGCUGUAACUUACAUAAAAUACUGGUUUACUUAGAAAAAUAUGGCCUAGCUGUGGGAGGAUUACAUAUAUGAUUACUUGUGUAGAAGGAAUUAUAAGUCAAUUAUCCAUUGGCCUGUUUUGGCUGACUUUUAAUUUUGUUUUGAUGCCUUUUUUUUGGAAAAAGAAUUAAUAGGGAUAUUUUAUGAAAUUAUUAUUAUUCCUUUAUUCAUUUUAUAGUUCCUACUGUACAUAUUCCACAGUGCUGUAGAGCAAUGUUCCUCUACUACAGUCCUCAGGUCCCACCUGCCAGGCAUGUUUUCAGGAUUUCCUUAGUGAUAUCAUUGAUGUCAAUGCAUCAGGACUUACCACCGGUAAUUCAGUGGGAUAUUCUCAAAUCAUGCCUGACAGGUGGGCCCUGAGGACUGGUGUUGAGGAACACGGCUGUAGAGGGAUUGUGAUCACCUGUAUCGGUCCCUGCCUCCAUGGGAGUCAACUAGCCAAAUUCAGAAUUAACCUAUCCGUAUGUUUUUGUAGUGUGGAAUGAAACUGGAAUACCUAGCGGAAACCAACACAACCAUGGGGGCACAUUAAAACUUUAUACAGAUGUUGCCUAUGGUCAGAUUGGAAUCCAGGACACCAGUGCACAAGGUAACUGUUCUAGACAUUUAACCACCGCACUGCCUGGAUCAAAUGUAUAACUUAUGGGAUUAAAGAACAAACAGAAAAUGUAGUGACAGGUGGCUGAACAUUUUUGAUUUGGGUGUUCCCUGCUUUAUGUUUUUUUAGGAUUUCAAACACAUUUGCAAAUUCAUGCCAAACAUAAUUUAAGAACGCCUAGCUGAAAAUGAAAGGGCUGCUCUCUUUGGUUAAGUUGUAUCUAAGACACACUUCCAGAUGUCUUUCACAUGAAGAACCCAUUACAACAAUUUUUGUUGGCAAAUACUCAGUGGACCUCAGUGCGGAUUUCUUUACUCUCACUGUCAGCAAACAGAAGAUGUGAAAUAUUCAUGGGUUGAGCGUAUGAUAUGUGACCUUGGAUCAGCUCGUUUAUAAAAUGUUGAUGGAAGUGGCUCAUGGCAAGUAGAAAGACUGCAUAUGUAGAAUGUCAAUGGGAUGUGGAAUUCAGUGGGAAUGAAAUAGCAAGUAGAAAGCAUAUGGAGGGUAAUGGAGGACAGAGGAUUGAAUUGAAUUGUUGUGGAUCUAUUAAAGGUAUCAGUUCUUAGAACGUGAUAGAAGUAACUUCUGCCAUAAAUGUGUAAAGUGGUCAACUGGAUUUCCUGAAAACAUGCACAUUGGGUAUGUGACAGGCCUGGGCAAACUAUAUGCGGAAACCUGUAUUGCACA